UUCCUUGGAGGUGAUGUCAUGGCCAGGGAUGAGCGGAUGCUGGCUGCCUCUCUGAGCAUCUUUGGUCCUUGGAAAAGGAGGCGAGGGAGAGGUUGGCUGCAAAGUGGGCACCAAGGCCAGGCUUAGCAAGGGUUUGCAAGUGAGCAAUUUCCGUCUCGACACCCUCUUCACCCACUUGGAGCCCAUCCCAGAAUCGAAGGCAUCAUGACGCUGGCAGCCUACAAAGAGAAAAUGAAAGAGCUCCCCCUCGUGUCCCUCUUCUGCUCCUGCUUCCUCUCCGACCCCUUAAACAAACCAUCCUAUAAAUAUGAAGUUGACACAGUAGACCUCACCUGGUGCGUGAUUUCCGACAUGGAGGUGAUUGAGCUCAACAAGCGCACCUCCGGGCAGUCCUUUGAGGUGAUCCUGAAGCCCCCCUCCUUCGACGGCAUCCCCGAAUUCAAUGCCUCUCUGCCCCGAAGGAGGGACCCCUCGCUGGAGGAGAUCCAGAAGAAGCUGGAAGCAGCUGAGGAACGCCGUAAGUACCAGGAGGCAGAGCUCUUGAAGCACCUGGCUGGCAAGCGGGAGCACGAACGGGUGGUUAUCCAGAAGGCCAUCGAAGAGAACAACAACUUCAUCAAGACAGCCAAAGCGAGACUGUGGCAGAAAAUGGAGUCCAACAAGGAGAACCGGGAAGCCCAUUUAGCAGCCAUGUUGGAGCGUCUGCAGGAAAAAGACAAACACGCCGAGGAAGUGCGGAAGAACAAGGAGCUCAAAGAAGAGGCUUCCAGGUAAAGGGACUCUCCACAGUUCGGACUAAAAGCUGCAAGGGAGGAACGGCGUGCAUCAGGCGGCGGUCGCGGUGACAGCUGUCUCGAGCGCGGAAAAACAAAAUUGAUGAAUCGGGAUUGUCCGCUGCUUUCGUUGUUUGUGAAUGUGGAAAACAAAAAAACAAAAAAAGGAGAGUGAAACCAUCUUGUGCGUUUCAGGGAGGGAGGGGGACGUAAGUCUGGGAAGAGGAAGUCUAUGGGUUUUUGGGGGGAGGAUAUUGGGAACCUGAGUCCGGACAGGUUUCCUUUUCGUGCAAAAAAAUGGUGGUGUUUCACAAUGGGAUGCAACCCUGUUUUCGGGGUGCAAAUGGUGGAAGUGGGAGGCUUUGAGGCUGGGUGGGGGGGCCAAAGAGGAAAUCGGCGUAAGGAACAAUUGGUAAUGGUUUUGGGAGGGGGCCAGGAAAAGGGAAGCCAAGCCACUGCCGGGGUGAAUGUCGUCUCGUGUCUUUUGCCAUUUCGAUGUCGGUCAUGAGUGCGAAAAGAGCAAGUUCCACCUUUCUUUCAUUUAAAGGUCUGUCCAUACCGUAGAAUGAAUGCAGAUCGAUACCACUGUAACUGCCAUCACUCAGCACAAUGGAAACCUGGCUUUUGUAGUUUGGUGAGGCAUCAGCACACCUUUCCAGAGGAGGCUUGAGAAACUGCAACUCAUAGGAUUCCAUCGC